ACUUGUGGAUAACAACUCAGUGAAUGCCAGAGUCCCCCUGCUUCUCCAGCAUUCGGCAGCACUCCUACAUGUAUAUCACACCUGCUGGAUACUCCGCACAGUUCAACAAUGAUGUGGUUUGUUCUCACCCUGAUCAUCAUGUCAGCUGUAAAACCAUUGCUUUGUGAUCGCUGCCCUCGAGUCUGUAUCUGUGACAACAUCAGAACGUUUGUGGCCUGUACAAACAAGAACCUCACAGAAGUCCCUACCUCAAUCCCACAGUACACCCAAAAGUUGGAUCUCAGAGGAAAUGAUCUGAAAGUCAUUCCCAAUGGAGCCUUCCUAUCUGUACCAUAUUUAACACACCUCAGCCUUCAGAAAUGCAAUAUUGAAAGGAUUGAGGAAGGUGCUUUACGAGGUCUUGGGCGAUUGGUUUACCUCAACUUAGGCUCCAACAAAAUCAGUUUUAUAUACCAGGAGUCAUUUGAUGGGCUAUCAUCUUUGCAGCAGCUUGUACUGGAAAAGAAUCGGCUUGAGGAGAUUAAGCCCGGGGCCUUUGGACAAUUGGGUUUUUUGAACUUUCUUCAUCUUGGAGACAACUUCCUUGUUUAUUUGCCAGAUAUGUUAUUUCAGGGUCUGCAGCAAGUUAAGUGGAUACGUCUUUCAAACAAUAUGAUUAAUGUGGUAUCUAAUGAGGCCUUUGCAGCACUUCCAAACCUAAAGAGGCUUAGUUUGGAUCACAAUGAACUCCAGUACCUUCCAACUGAUGCACUUUCACGAAUGUCUGGUCUCACUAGAUUAGAACUGGGAUGGAAUCCAAUGACUUUCAUUUCAGAGGAAGCUGUUCAGAUGGCGUCCCUCAAACAGCUCUUUCUUAAUAACAUGGCAAUACAGGAUUUGUCUUUCAAAGCUUUUGAAAGAAGCCCACAGCUAUCACUUAUUGAUCUGAGUAACAACCAGAUACGGACAAUACAGGUAUUAGCAGGGUUAGAACAUCUAAAUCGCUUGAACCUAACAGGAAAUGCCAUUCGCUGCGAUUGUGAACUGAGGUCUUUUAAGCAAUGGGCUGAUUUCUCAAAGGUAAAAGUUGAUCUUUUUUGCUCUGGCCCAGGACAUUUCCGGGGAGAUCAUUUAGAUUCUUUGAGAGCCAUUGACCUGAAAUGUGGCAAUUUCCCAGAAGAAGACUAUAAUCUACCCCCAAUAACUCCAAAACCGGAAGAGGAAAGUUCUUGCCCACGGAGCUGUGACUGCAAACCUGAUGAUAAACAUGUGCUUUGUGAAAAUAAAUUCCUCCAGCAGAUUCCCAAGCGGUUUCCUGUUGACACAACCCUCCUAGAUCUGCGUAAAAAUGUUUUCAAUGCCAUACACAAAGGGGCCUUCUCAGAAAUGAAAAAUGUGGCAUCACUUCAUCUUCAAAGUUGCCAGAUUAAUGAAAUUCAGCCUGGAGCUUUUGCAGGGAUGAAAAAUCUAGUUUAUCUCUACCUAUCUCACAAUCAUCUCUCAUCUAUUGACCCUGAAGUCUUUAGGGACGCCCCAAUGAUUGGCUACCUUUACUUAGACCACAACAGAUUCACCAGACUUUCAAAGGGGACCUUCAAAUUUCUCCCUAAUCUUUUUUCUCUGCACAUGCAGUACAAUUCUAUCAGCUCACUCUCUGAUAACUUUAUGUCUGGGGCAGACAAGUUGCAUUGGGUCUACAUGACAGGCAACAAUAUCAACUACAUCGCUUCAUCUGCAUUUAAAAACAACAAAGAUUUAGAAAAACUGCAUCUAGAUGAGAAUCUACUAAUGGAGGUCCCAACACAAGCUAUUAAAGGACUGCCUCUUCUAAAUGAGCUUAGGCUAUCCAAGAACCUCAUCAGAUCAAUUGGAAAUGGAGCUUUCUUACCAGUAGCUCGUUCACUACAGCACCUGUAUCUCAACGACCUUGGCCUGGAACAGAUUUCCAGUGGAGGAUUUUCUGGACUUGGACAGGGAAUUAAAAGUCUUCACCUAGAUAACAAUAAACUACAGAACAUUCCCAACAUGAAGCCUUUCACUGGACUAGAAGUCAUAAAUUUAGCAAACAACCCCUUCCAUUGUGACUGCCGUCUGCUACCUCUCCACAAGUGGAUCAACAGUCUAAAUCUGAAGGUGGGGGCAACAUGCGCCGCUCCAAGCAGUGCAAAGGGACAGAAGGUCAGAAAUGCACCAUUCUCUACAUGCCCUGGAAAUGAUGCAGGAAAAACAAACAGUAACAAGAAAAAAAGAUCACAGCACAUUCCAACUGCCAAUCGAAAAACAAAACGUGGAUGAAGCAGCAAAGGAACCUAUAUGGUUGUGUUAAAUUAUAUUGCAGCACAUCGUACAUCUCUGCAUCUUGCACAUUACUAGAACUUAAUAGCAAAGAGUGGCACUCAUGCAGAAGCCAUUGUUUCAGAAGUGAACUGAAUAAAAGUGUGGACUGGUUUUCUAA